GGGAUGCGCGCGUGCGUUUUGAGAGGUCUCAUGUCCGUACAGGACUGCAGAGGAGUGCAGGCGUCCGGUAGCUACUCUUUUAACUCACGUGUUUUAUGCCCCUUAUGUUUACGAUCUGAAGAUCAAGCGGAACGUUAAUCAACGGAUCGGUUGUCCAGCAUCUUUGGAGCAAGUUCUGGACAGUUUCGUGACUUGAUCGCUGGUGACAAAGGGACAACCUGAAAACAAGGUUUUCCAAGCAAUGAAUGCAAAAGUCUAAUGCCCUAUAGGUCCACGUCCCAGGAAAGGAGAGCGUAAUAAAGAUUUGUUCGGGCGGUGCUGAUGGAUAUACAUGUAGCCGUCCAUCGUCGGGAGGGGACCUUAUUGUCUCGCUGACGUCCACUGAGUAGGGAGGCUCGCACGCGCUCGGGUCUGAGGCGCAGCAUGUCGGCGCGCGUUUGUGUGGUUACUGGAUUUUGUCGCUGGAUUUGGUGAACACGGACUAGGGAAUAAUGGUCAGAAGAUGCCUACUGACGUUCAGACCAUUCAGGAUCUUUGUGGUGGGGAUAGGAUUCUUCAGUCUGUGUUUUUUAAUGACCUCCCUUGGUGGCCAGUUCUCAGCAAAGCGCCUCACCGACUCCCCGUUCACUGUGCGGACGGAAGUGCUGGGAGGUAUUGAGUCCCGCAGUGUACUGAGGAAGAUCAGUGACAUGCUGGAGGUCAUUCUGAAGAGGAUGGACAGUCUGUCGAAGCUGGACAACACCAACGACUCGCGCCGUCUGGAAGAGCUCAGCUCAGCGAUUAACAGGAUUCAGCCAGCAGGUCUGGUGGAGAAAAUUCAGGCCAUUGCUCAAAAUGUCUCAAACAUGGCAGUUCGAGUAGAGCAGAUUCUUCAGAACAGCAUGGCAGUGUCCAGAGUCACCCGUGAUGGAACUGGGGGCCAGUGCGAUGUUCCCAGAGACCCGCGCUUCCCCGACUGCCUGGGGAAAGUGGACUGGAUGAGGGCCCGAUGGACAUCUGACCCCUGCUACGCCUUCUAUGGUGUGGACGGUUCAGACUGCUCCUUCCUGAUCUACCUGAGCGAGGUGGAGUGGUUCUGCCCCCCGCUGGCCUGGAGGAAUCAUAGCAGUUCAUCUGUACUGCCAAAGAACUCACCCAAAAGACAGGCUGCAUUCCGCACAGACCUCAGCUCCUUGCUCACUCAGGUGGGCACGGGGAAGGAGUCUCUGAGCUUCAUGAGGCAGCGGAUGGGCAGGCUGGCCAUGCAGUGGGCCGCUGCUGCCCACCACCUGGGCCUGAAACUGCACCAUCGCUGGAGAGAGCAGAAGAAGAUUCUGGUGCACGUGGGCUUCCUGACGGAGGAGUCUGGAGAUGUGUUCAGCCCCAAGGUUCUAAAGGGGGGGCCCCUUGGCGAGAUGGUGCAGUGGGCAGACAUCUUGACGGCACUCUACGUACUGGGACACAACCUCAGGAUCUCCAUCUCAGUCAAGGAACUCCAGGGAUUUCUUGGUGUACCCCCAGGAAGAGGAAGCUGUCCACUGACAGGACCUUUGCCCUUUGACCUGAUCUACACAGACUACCACGGUUUACAGCAGAUGAAGCAGCACAUGGGAUUAUCCUUAAAGAAGCACAAGUGUCACAUUCGGGUGAUCGACACGUUUGGGACAGAGCCCGCGUAUAACCAUGAGGAGUACGCAACCUUGCAUGGCUACAGGACCAACUGGGGCUACUGGAACCUCAACUCCAGGCAGUACAUGACGAUGUUCCCUCACACUCCGGAUAACUCGUUCAUGGGGUUCGUGUCCGAGGAGCUGAACGAGACGGAGAAGCACCGCGUGCAGCAGAGCAAAGUCAACAAUGUGGCGGUUGUGUAUGGCAAGGAGGCCAGCAUGUGGAAGCUUCAGGGUAAGGAGAAGUUCCUGCAGAUUCUGCAUCGCUAUAUGGAGGUACAUGGGACCGUGUACUAUGAGACACAGCGCCCCCCCGAGGUCCCUGCCUUUGUUAAGAACCACGGACUUCUUCCCCAACAGGAACUACAACAACUGUUGCGCAAAGCCAAGCUCUUCAUUGGUUUUGGUUUUCCCUACGAAGGACCUGCUCCCUUAGAAGCAAUUGCAAAUGGAUGCAUUUAUUUGCAACCCAGGUUUCACCCUCCUCACAGUUCACUCAAUCAUGAGUUUUUCAGGGGGAAGCCUACAUCCAGAGAAGUGUCUUCUCAGCACCCCUAUGCUGAGCAGUAUAUUGGACGACCACAUGUCAUGACUGUGGACUACAACAACUCUGAGGAGUUUGAGACUGCGGUACGGGAGAUCAUGAGGACAAAGGUGGAGCCCUACUUGCCAUACGAGUAUACUUGUGAGGGAAUGCUUGAGAGAGUACACGCUUACAUUGAACAUCAGGACUUUUGCAGUCCAGAGGCUCCGUUUCCACCAGCAAAUGCCUCCAGGGUUUGGCCUGGUGCUCUGUUCACCCUGCUACCCAACUCUACACUCUUGGGCUGGGCCAGGAACACCACAGCGCCACCCUACUGGCCGCCGAUGAGCGCCCUGAGGCUCACAGCGUCCGCAGAGGGCCAGUCAUGCGUGGAGGCCUGCCAGACCUCAGGGCUGGUGUGCGAGCCUGCCUACUUCCGCUUCGUCAACAACAAGGAGGCACUGGGCAGCCUGGAGGUCCAGUGUGACGUGGUGGAGCUGGAGAUGAACCACAUCUUUCCGGCGUUUUCUGUCACGCAGCGUGAGUGCGGCCUGCAGAAGGAGGCCCUCCUUUUCAGCUGUGCCGGGUUCGGCGCCAAAUACCGACGCGUCUGUCCCUGCAGAGACUUCCGCCGGGGCCAGGUGGCAUUGUGCAGGGACUGCCUAUGAUGACAGAGGGGUGUGGUCCGAUCAGACAAGCUGCCCAAGUCUGGAGAUGCCCAGAGUGGCAUGGUUCCUCCUAGUUCUUCUCAGCUCCUUAGUUCACGACUGACAUGUAGCUCUUUAACACCUAGCAGAGGAGACACAGGGUCUAGACCUACAGGAGUGAAGAAAUACGUAACUGAGGCUGCUGGCCAAGUUUCUCCUUUCUGUCUUCUACCCGAGUUCUCACUCUAGCUCACUGCAUAUAGUGAUCAGUAAACAAGAGCCAUUGUUUGGGCACAGUAUUUUACAGGAGAUGCUUUCUGUCAUAACUGUGGUUAAUGGUCAACCACCAAACAGCAAAGAGCCCAGAACGAUGAACUUGCCCAAACAGCCAAAAUAGCACUAUGACACAUUUGAGGUAGCUCCAUGGUAAGAGGUUGAACAACCAAGACCAUAGAGGGGGAUUGGGUACUGGGGAGGACAUGGUAGCCUCGUCUGAGGAGAGCUUGUGACAACGCGACCCAAUAGCACUGCUACGUGGCAACCUGUCCUUGUCUUUGCAGGGUUCCGUCCAACUCCACUAGAAGAUUACAACCAAUCCUUGUUCAAAGAGACAGCCAAUGGACUGCUUACCUUUGGAUGAUGCAGUCUUCAGCCUGCACAAAAAAAGAGUAUUUUUUAAAUGGAGUGAAAUGUUCAAAGCACCGUUUGAAUGCAAACUGAAUUUUUAUGAAUACAGGUUUGUGACAUAAGUUAUAUAAUGAAUAAAACAAAGACACACACAUUC